GAUCGAAAUUCAGCUUCCCCUUCUUUGAUCUCCUGCAAGCUUUAGAAGCUAAUGCUCUUCACGCCGAGAGAGAAGGGUUUGAGAUUGAGCUAUGAAAGGCGUCUUCUCGGCGCCCGGGGAUUACAUCUACUUCAAGUCUCAGGUCCCUCUUCAUAAGAUCCCUAUUGGGUCAAGGCAAUGGCGAUAUUAUGAUUUUGGCCCCAAAGUAGUUCCUCCACUCAUUUGUCUUCCUGGUAUAGCAGGAACAGCUGAUGUAUAUUACAAACAAGUCAUGUCAUUGUCCACGAAGGGUUAUCGUGUAAUUUCGGUUGAUAUUGCUCGUGUAUGGAACCAUCAUGAGUGGGUUCAAACAUUUGAGAAGUUUCUAGAUACUAUUGAUGUUCACCAUAUACAUCUAUAUGGUACAGCCCUUGGAGGAUUCUUAGCACAGUUAUUCACUCAACAUCGCCCACGACGUGUUAGGUCAUUGCUACUGUCUAACACAUUUUUGGACACAAACAGUUUCUCUGCUGCUAUGCCGUGGGCCCCAGUUGUUGGCUGGACACCUGCUUUUCUUCUGAAGCGCUAUGUCCUAACAGGAAUCAGGGAUGUUCCCCAAGAACCCUUUAUUGCAGAUUCUGUUGAUUUUGUUGUUUCCCAGGUUGAAUCACUUUCUAAAGAUGACCUGGGAUCUAGACUAACAUUAACCGCAGAUGCUGCUUCAGUUGGACCUCUUCUCCUCCCCGAUUCUUUGAUCACCAUAAUGGAUACAAAUGAUUACUGUGCAACCCCACAACAACUCAAAGAUCAAGUUAGAGAAAGGUACCCUGGUGCUAGACAAGCAUACCUGAAGACCGGCGGUGAUUUUCCAUUCCUUUCACGGCCCGACGAAGUAAAUCUCCAUCUUCAGCUGCACUUGAGACGAGUUGGUGUUGAAGCACGACCUGACUUGGUAAGGAGCAAUUAUGGAGAUGGUAAUGGCGGAGGAAGUCCAAAUGAACCUAAAAAUGAAAGUGGAAAUUCAGAUGAUAAAUCAAGGGAUGACAGUAAUAAUAAUAACUCAGAAAGCACUUCCCAAGCAGACGAACCGCCACUUGUUCCAGAAGGUACAGGCCUGCCGCCAUUGGCACCACCACAUACACAUUCUCAUACGUCAAGGAAUCAACUCCUUGGGAAUCAACUUCUGUUCCUGCUUCUAGUCCGCAUAUUUUUCAGUACUAAACAAAAUAUGGUGGCCUCGGGAUAUUCUGCAUUAGUCGAAAAGUAUUGUUUGGAGUUUAGAUGCUUAGUAUAGAAAAAGAAUUACUUUGUACAUUAUGGUCACGUAAAGACCAAAAUGAAUACAUAUGUAAGCUGAAUUGAGUUGUGUUUGUGAUGGAGAAAGAUCUUUCUUCAUACGGUCCUAGUUGAUUUUUGGUUGUGCAUCACCUGUUUCAAAAUGUUCAGUUUUGAUAUGUAUACUCUCUCCGUUCCUCUAACUUUG